UGAAUAUGCUUCGAAAGGUGUUUUUGUUACUCGCGGCUUUAGACCAAACCUUAGGCAGUGGGAAGCUUUUAAGAGUGCCACUCCAUUCCAGGAUUAAUCCAAACAAAAGUGAGCUAUUCCUGCCUAGAAAUAUAACAGACGGCAACGAAAGACUUCGGGUGGCACUUAAAUCUCGACAAAAUGUCGAAUAUUUCGGCAACAUUUCGAUGGGAACACCAGAGCAACAUUUUACUGUGAUCUUUGACACGGGUUCCUCGAACACCUGGCUGCCCUCCACGAAUUGUCCCAAGAGCAAUGCGGCUUGCCAGCGCCACAGGCAGUACAACUCAUCCAGCUCUAGUAGCCAUGUCCAGGAUGGACGUAAUUUCACAUUGUGGUAUGGAUCUGGCAGUGUCCUUGGCUACUUAUCAAGGGACACCCUUCACUUUGCCGGCGUUGAUGUACCCGAUGUGGUCUUUGGCGAGGUAGUGUUCCAGCAACAGACGGUCUUCAAUGCCGUCAGUUUCGAUGGAUUAGUUGGCUUGAGCCUGGGGAGGUUGGCCUGGAGAAAUACGACGCCUUUCCUGAAACUGCUUUGCACCCAGGGAUUCAUUGCGGAGUGCAUUUUCUCCGUAUACCUGCGCCGUGGUCCGGGAAAGUCUCCCAGUGGGGAGAUACUGAUUGGUGGCAUCGACAAGUCCCUGUUUGAAGGACAGCUCCACUAUGUGCCAAUUAUACUGUCGCACUCUUGGAUGGUAGAGAUAGAGCAGACUGUUGCGGGAAGUACAAAAAUUGGUGACGAAGCGGGUGCCAUUUUGGAUACGGGCACAUCUCUAGUCUUGAUGCCCCUGAAAACAUACUAUAAAUUCCUGGAAAGCGUGCCAGUCUUGCUUGGGAAUGAUAACUAUAUCAGCUGCAAGUUGAAAUCUCUCCCGAUAAUCUAUCUGCACAUCGGCGGCAAGGUAUUUCCCCUCACACCCGCCGACUAUUUGGUGGAAAUGGUGAGAGGCCACGAAAAGAUCUGUAUUUUGGCCGUGGCUCCUGUUAAAAUGGACUUCUGGGUGCUCGGUGAUGUUUUCCUGUGGCGAUACUACACUGUUUAUGAUGCCACCGCCAAUAGAAUUGGAUUGGCCAAGGCGGUGAGAUGAGCUGGAUAAACAUUUAUGUUACAUGGACUUGAUGGAUAUGUAUUGUAAUUAUAAUAAUCUGAGACUAUAAUUGGAUUUAACGAAAAUUUAGAAGCAAAGAAACCGUGCAAUACUUAUUUGUGCAGGUUUGAGGAGCUUUCUUUCUUAAAAUCAUUGUUAAAUCCCCUUUCAUAUAUUCGGAUUUAAAAAUGGAACAAAAUAAUAAAAGAAUAUUUCAAUGCUU